UUUCGAUCGGAUGCACGUGUUUUACACGCAUGUACGUCACAACACAUUUAACCGUCUUCGUGUUCAGUGGAAGUGUUUGUUGUAUUUGAAAUUGAUUCAGAUUUUGAUGGAUUAAUUACAAGACGACGAACUUCACAUAUAUAUAUCCGGUAAUCUACAUAUAUAAACACUGACCAGAAAGAUACUAGACGGUGACCACAAUGGACUAUUUUACACUCUUGCCAUUGCUCUAUACACUAAUAUUUGUUUCUUUAACAAGAGCAGCAGAAAUGCUACUCGGAAGUACUUUAGUAAACAGAGCGUUUACCUUCACAGACGCUAACAGAGUUUUUAUAGAUACCAAUCAUAAAAUACCAUUUAGAAGCAGACUUAUAGGUUUCUCCAUGUACAUUCGUCCAGAUCCUUCCACCAACAGAGAUCACUACGCCAGGUUUUGCAUAUGGAAGAGAGUGGCCGACAUGGAGUACCGUCUACACUAUCAGACUGCUGCCAGAUUACCUAAAGUACUGGGUGUUCACUCGAUCAGAAUAAGUGACACGGUACCAUUAAUGGUAGAUGAUUUAUUUGGAGUAACGUUUGAACAAGAUACUGGAACCAUAACACAUGAGGUUAACAUCAACGGUAGUCUCAUGUUUUCUGACACUCUACGUAAUCUACCAAAUAAUAACGACGUCAUCGCAAUUGUUCAGAGAAAUUAUUUCCACGAGAUGUCACUAGCGGCAAUAAUUGAAGUGGGUUCAGAUGUGCCAGCAACAACCACAACGACCACAACCACAACAACAACGACCACCACGCGACCACCCCCUAUAGUAAUAUCUGGACAAGCUGGUUUUGCUGGUAUGACCGGGGCUACAGGGCCCCAAGGACCGCCUGGUGCUACAGGACCAGCAGGACCAGGAGCAAGAGACGUCAAUGAAUGUCCUGGUGGUUGCCAACAUCAGUGUGUAAACACGUUCAUGAGUUAUUAUUGUGUCUGUAAUGCAGGAUAUGAAUUAGAAAGUAACCAAAGGAACUGUAGAAAUAUAAAUGAAUGUGGUAGAAACAAUGGUGGCUGUGAACAUUCUUGUCAAGACAAUAAUGGAUCAUUUAGAUGUUCAUGUAAAAAUGGCUUUUCUUUAUCUAGUAAUCAGAAAAGUUGUGAAGAUAUAAAUGAGUGUACCGGUAAUAAUCCGUGUUCUGGUACAACAUGUGUUAAUACUAAUGGUGGAUAUCAAUGUGUUCAACUGAAACUUCUUAACGACGAUAGUCGUCUUAACGAUGACAGUAGUCAACUUCAGUUUGAUGGAUAUGUUGAUGAUAUAGGUUUCUCCAGUAACAUACAAGAUGUUGCACUCGAUCCAAAACCAGAACAAGGGCCAAAAGAAACCCGGCUAGUUGGUAAAGAGCCAGAACACACCGUUGCCUCUGAUAUCAACACGGUUGUUUGGAUGAGUGUUUUGUCCAUCCUCGUCAUCGCCGCCAUGUUGAUUAACGUCUAUGAAUGUCGGAAACGUCGGAGAAGAUAUUUAAAUGAUGGAAAUGGAUCCCUGAGCGAUCCCCUGAAUUCGUCCGUAACCGGAUCAUUUUCGCCUGUUACAGCAGUGACUUCUACCGACUUAUAGCCCUUGUUGAAUUAAAUUGUUGAUUUAUA